AUGCCUACGACCAAACUGAUCAAACCCAAACCCGUGGAGGCCACCAAGAAGAGCCCGGACGGGCGCAAACCGGGGAGGCCCGGAGCGGCGGGCGGUGCGGAAAGUCACCUCAAAGUGGCCGCUGUGCGUAAAAGCCGCGCGUCGAGCUGCCCGAGGAACGAGAAAACCAAAACCGGCACCAGCACCAGCACCGGACUGCAGGGAUCCAGCUCCGGGACGAGAACCAGGUCCAGCUCCACCGCCCCCAGAGGGACCGAGAAAAGCCCCAGAGCCACCCGGGACUGCCGCGGGGCCUCCAGCGCCGUGAGGCACCGAGAGGCGGCGGCGGCGGCGGCGGCGGCUCAGAGGGAGCAGCGGGGCGGCAGUCAGAGCCACAAAGCUUUCACCGUCAUCCCCCCGAACCCCAAGAAAAGGAGAGAAAUCCAGAGAAAGGCGGAGGCGGAGCUGGCCGCCUUGGAGGAGCUUCGGCUGAGCAGAGCGAUGGCCUACGUGUCCAUCAACCCCAGCAGCGUUGGCGGCUGCAUGAGUCUGGAAGAAGUGCGGCUGAAGCAGCAGCAGGAGAUGAUGCAGGCCAAGAGGAAACACAAACCGGUGAAGCAGCAGGUGAUGGAGGAAGCGCCCGUCCUGACCAGCUGAGCCUCGUCUCUGCUGCAGCACCGAGCCACACAUUUAAAUUCAAUCAACCGCGUACAGUUAAAAUAUAUACACACACAUUUACAGAUAAACAGAGCUCCAUGAAGCAGGUUGUAUUUGGUCGUUUAGCCUGUCGGGUGCUUUUGUUUGCACAUUAGUGGUAAAGGAAAGAAGUCAUGCAGGUUUUAGCCACUUUAUGAAUCUAUACAACACGACAAACUGGAAGCCCUCGGCUGGAUCUGCCUUAUUUAAAGAGGUCGCCGCGUUGGAUGUGGACUUGGAAAUACUGACAAAUUUUGGAUUUGACUUGAGGAGUUUUUUUAUUUCUAAGAUUUUUGCCUUCACUUGAAUUGAGUUUGCAAGCAAAGCAAUAAACAUUAAACACAAUCUCGCUGUAGGAGUGCUGCGGUCGGAGGUAAAGUCCAAUUCACAAAACAUCUAGAAGCUCAAAGGAGCCAAAGUUUGUGGUCUGAGGCGUUUUCGUGCAGGUGUUUUGGGAAAUUAAAGC